CGAUUGUUUAGUUUAUAGGCUCUGGAGAGUGUGUGUGAAAUAGAAAAUAGUUGUUUGUAUCUUUCUUUUCUUCUUCCUCUGAGAUCUGAGAGAAACCGAAAGAUAAGAGAGAAAAAAAAAAAAAAAAAUCAGCUGAGGAAGGUGAGGGUCUUGCGUGAUUGUGAAGAUAUGAUUCUGAAUCUCUUGUAGUAGCUGCUGCUGAAAAUCGGAUUGAUGAAAUUGAAAACUCAAAGAGUCUCUCAUGUUUCAGAUUCUACUUCAAAAUGAAGGCUUUAUUGUGAUUGAGUAAACCAGAAGAAAACCAAUUGAGAAAAUUCAGCAAGACCUUUUGAACGGGAAGAACGUGAUGGUGUUUGGAAACUGAAUGUGCAAUCAUACUGUUCUGUGGGGGAGUUAAAGUUUCUGUCUUUCUUUGUUGGGGUUGGAAGAUUCGAGCUUUGCAACUGUGGAAGCAAGCAAUCCAACUUUCUACGGCACAUUUUCACUAUUCUCCUGCUUUUCUCUGCGUAACAAAAAGUUGGUUGAGACCAUUCUCACUGAGAGAGCCAUCAGCACAAAAACCAAAAGCUUCUUCCACUGUUUGAUCAACUUAGCUUUGUGCUGCCACAAUAAUCCAAAUCCAACCAAUGAAGGAAGCUGAAAAGAGCUUGGAUCCGCAACUAUGGCACGCAUGCGCCGGAAGCAUGGUUCAGAUGCCUCCGGUGAACACCAAAGUCUUCUACUUUCCUCAAGGGCAUGCCGAGCACGCUCAAGCCAACGUUGAUUUUGGAGCUUCCAUGAGGAUUCCACCACUCAUUCUCUGCCGUGUGGCGACUGUGAAAUUCUUGGCUGACCCAGAAACCGAUGAAGUUUUUGCAAGGAUGAGGUUGGUUCCUCUGAGAAAUUCAGAGCUUGAUUACGAAGAUGGUGGUGCUCUUGACGGUGAUCCCUCCGAGAGUUCAGAAAAGCCUGCAUCUUUUGCCAAGACGUUAACUCAAUCCGAUGCAAACAAUGGUGGGGGGUUCUCUGUUCCAAGGUACUGCGCGGAAACCAUCUUUCCGAGGCUGGAUUACUCGGCUGAACCACCGGUUCAGACGGUGAUCGCCAAGGACGUUCACGGUGAAGUUUGGAAGUUUAGGCAUAUAUAUAGAGGCACGCCACGUCGCCACUUGCUUACAACCGGGUGGAGCAGUUUCGUGAACCAGAAGAAACUGGUUGCAGGGGAUUCUAUCGUGUUUCUGAGGGCUGAAAAUGGUGAUCUCUGUGUUGGAAUUCGUAGGGCCAAGAGGGGAAUCGUUGGAGGUUCAGAGGCACCAUCUGGGUGGAGCUCUGGUUCUGGAAGUUGUGGUCUUGGACCUUAUGGGGCUUUCUGUGUUUUCCUCAGAGAGGAGAACAAGCCCUUGAGAAAUGGUUGUGGGAACUCAAGUCCUGGUGGUGGUGGUGGUGGUGGUGGUGGUGGCAAUUUGAGUGGAAGAACAAAAGUGACUCAUGAAUCUGUUAGGGAAGCUAUGACACUUGCUGCUAGCAAUCAACCGUUUGAAGUUGUUUAUUACCCGAGAGCAAGCACACCUGAGUUUUGCAUUAAGACUUCAGCUGUGAGGGCUGCUAUGAGGAUUCAAUGGGGCUCUGGGAUGAGGUUUAAGAUGCCCUUUGAAACUGAGGAUUCUUCCAGGAUAAGCUGGUUCAUGGGGACCAUAUCUUCUGUUCAAGUUGUUGAUCCUAUCCGUUGGCCUAAUUCCCCUUGGCGACUUCUUCAGGUUACUUGGGAUGAGCCAGAUUUGCUAAACAAUGUGAAGCGUGUAAGCCCAUGGUUGGUUGAGUUGGUAUCAAACAUGCCAGUCAUCCAUCUCACACCCUUCUCUCCACCAAGGAAGAAGCUUCGGUUUCCUCAACACCCAGAUUUUCCACUUGAUGUUCAAUUUCCAAUACCAACGUUUUCAGGCAACCCCCUUGGGCCUAACAGCCCCUUGUGUUGUGUAUCUGAUAAUGCUCCUGCAGGCAUACAGGGAGCCAGGCAUGCUCAAUUCGGAAUAUCAUUUUCAGAUCUCCAUCUUAACAAUAAACUGCAGUUGGGUGUGCUUCCAGCUAACAUCCAUAAGCUUGAUUUGAAUACUGGGAUUUCUAAUGGCAACAUAACCAACCAUGAUAAGAGCAAAGAAAGCUUAUCAUGCUUGCUGACCAUGGGAAAUUCUCACAAGAGUUUGGAGAAAUCUGAUAAUGUGAAGAGACACCAAUUUUUGCUUUUUGGUCAACCAAUACUCACUGAGCAACAAAUUUCUAGAAGAGCUUCCAGUGAUGUAUUGUCUCAGAAUUGUACCGGGAAAAAUUCACCAGAUGAGAAUAAGGACAAAGAAAAGUGGUUUUUUAGUGACUCCCAAUCUUCACCUCCACAGCAGUUUUCACCAGGAAAGUCCUCUACCACUGAGUUUUCUUGGCAGCUUGGAUUGGAAACCGGUCAUUGCAAGGUUUUCAUGGAGUCAGAAGAUGUAGGAAGGACCCUAGACCUGUCACGUCUUGGUUCUUAUGAAGAACUUUACAGGAGACUGGCCAACAUGUUUGGAAUAGAAAGGUCUGACAUGUUGAGUCAUGUACUCUACCGUGAUGCAACAGGUGCUGUUAAACAAACUGGAGAAGAACCCUUUAGUGACUUCAUGAAGACAGCAAAAAGAUUGACAAUUCUGACGGCUUCAGGCGGCAAAGAUACAAGAAGGGUGUGGAUUACAGGAAGUCGAAAUGCUGAACAUGGAUUAGAUGCAUCAAAUAAGACAGGUGUUCUGAGCAUAUUUGCUUAAUAUGGCGUGGCAUCUGAUAUUGUUUAAAGAUCCGAGACUUUGAAGGACGUAGUUAUCUAUCACUCUUACUUGUUAGAGAGAUGCUGAAUGUGAACUAAACUUUUAAUCAAGAUUGGUGUCUUUGUUUUUUUCCAAGUGUAGAAAAUAAUGAUUAUUGUGUAUCAUAGACGAUUGUUGUUCUAAUAUUAACCAAGAUUUGGU